AUGAUUGUAAAUGUGUACAAGGAUUUACAAUCGAAGGCUCCAGAUAUGCCGUACAGGCAAAUUUCUGAGUAUAAAUCUACCGGGACUGUUGCAUCUCCUACCAAGACAUGGAAUAAGAUGUGUCUGCUCGACAAAAUUGACGAUUUGGAUAGGAAUACGCUACGUCAAAAGGUACACAGUUUUUGGUUAAAAAAGGAGUUGCCGACAAUCGACAAGAUUUUGGAAGCAGUGAAUGAUGAUCCGGCUCUUCCUAACUUCAAACGCACCACAUUGUACACUACUAUUAAAAAAUUGUACUUUGUCUUCACUAAAAGGAAGAGAUGUAGUGUGUUGAUGGAGAGGGAAGAUUUGCUUGUUUGGCGACAAAACUACUUAUAUGAUGUUAGCAAAUUUCGCGAAGAAGGUCGUACCGUUUAUUACCUGGAUGAAACCUGGGUAAAUACAGGCGAUUUUGUUGAUAAGUUAAGAUUUUUAGAAGGUGGACUGUUAUGUUUUUUGUCAAAGAAAAAUAGUAGCGAUUACCAUGACGAGACGAAUGGCGACAAUUUUCGUGAAUGGUUCGAGUCGAUAAUUCCACGUCUCGAACCAAAUUCGGUAAUUGUGAUGGACAAUGCCCCGUACCACUCGGUAAGGGCAGAAAAAAUACCAACGGCUACCUCAAAAAAGAACGAAAUUUUGUCAUAG